AUGGAUUUGAAGCACAUUGCUGGGCUUGUUUUUGCUAGUGCAUCUCAAAAUGGUGUCAGAAUUAUUAUUCAUCAAAGUGAACUUGCCUCUGUUAGCCUUAGAAAUGCUGGAAUCUCGGACACUAUUCCAGGGGACUGGUUUUCAAAACUAUCUUCUCAAAUCACCUAUUUGAUUUUAUCAAAUAACCAGAUCCAGGGAAAGCUGCCACACCAUUUGGAAUUUCCAAAUUUAAGGGCCCUUGAUUUGGGUUCUAAUCAUUUUGAGGGCCCUUUCCCGGUUUGGUCCACAAAUGCAUCUGAGAUCUCUCUUCAGGACAACUUAUUUUCAGGAUCCUUGCCUGAAAAUAUUGGCAGCCUAAUGCCAAGGCUGCAAAAACUGUAUCUUUCCUGGAAUCGUCUUGACGGAAAAGUCCCCUCAUCAAUGUGUGAACUAGAAGGUCUGCAAGUUCUUUCCCUUCGGAGCAAUAAGUUGUAUGGUGAACUCCCCAACUGUUGGCACAAAUCUCGAAUGUUAUGGGGAAUUGAUAUGUCAAACAACACAUUAACUGGCAGCAUUCCGAGUUCAUUUGGCUCCUUAGCUUCCCUUAGUGUGCUGAUGUUGAACAAUAAUAAUCUUGAUGGGGAAAUCCCUUCUUCCUUGCAAAAUUGCACAGGACUGACAAGCAUUGAUCUGGGAGGAAACAGAUUUUCUGGAAAUCUACCCUUGUGGAUAGAAAAGUUCUCCUCUUUCUUUAUGCUUCGCCUUCGAUCAAACUUGUUCAGUGGAAAUAUUCCUCAAGGUUUUUGCAAUCUUCGGAAUCUUCACAUCCUGGACCUUUCUCACAACAUGUUUUCAGGGGAUAUUCCCAGGUGUAUUGGAAACCUAUCAGGCUUGGUCUUUGGAAACAACACUGAAGUCUUCGAACGGCUGAUAUAUGUUGUGAUGAAAGGAAGAGAUCCAGAGUACAGUAGCAUUAUUGCGAGUGUCAACACCAUCGACCUUUCGUGGAAUAAUGUAACAGGAAGAAUUCCAGAAGAGAUUGCAAGGCUUUCAGCUCUGAGAAUGUUGAACUUAUCACAUAACCAUCUUUCAGGGCCAAUUCCUGAAAGCUUGUCAACCCUGAGAUCUCUAACCCAGUUGAACUUAUCUUACAACAACUUGGUUGGAAGAAUCCCUUCACUGCCACAAUUCAAUGAUCCAGCCAUUUUUGACGGCAAUCCCUUGUUGUGUGGGGCUCCUUUGCCUACCAAAUGCCCUGGAGGGAGACGGUUCUAA